GGGGCUGGCCCAACCACUCCUGCCCAGAGGACCAUGUCCGUGCUGGUCACUCCUGCCCGAGCCAAGGGGAGGCUCUGGCAGAUCUACUUCGUACCAGGGCAGGCUGGCUGGGAAGCAGUGGCCUGUGCUGGCUUCACGGUGGACAAGCACAGGGGCUGGGGGAUGGCAGGCAGGUGUGUGCUGGUCCACAGUGUUGAGUGGGUUGUACAGCCCCUGCCCCGAGCGCUGCUCCCCCAUCCUGAGCUGUCUGCUAUGAGGCUGAUGGGAAGAUAGAGCAGGGAGGUUAUCACCCCCUGAAAGCCUGGAGCCGGGGUGGGCAGCUGCUUGGUGAUCCCUGCAUCCAGGCAACUGCUAGGGGCUGUGGUGGGGGUAGCCCUGGGGUGGGGGUGUAGCAGGUGCCAGGGGCUGCAGCCCAGGGAGCUGCAGACCCCCCAGCAGGGCUGAAACCAGGUCCCCCAGCCUGCCAGGCCAGGGCCCCACACACCAGCUGCUCCCAGCCCAGGUUGUCCUUCCUCCUGCAGUGCGGAGGGCGGGUGUCACCUUACCACUCCGCAAACAGCUGCUGUGAAAGGAGCCCUGUGUGCCCGUGCAAGAAGGGGCAGGCUCUGGGGUUUGCCAAGGCUGGAAAUCUCUCCGUCACCUCCCUGCCGGGGCCGGGCUUCCAAAUCCUGGGAUGGGGCCCAGGCUGCCAGCAGGACCAAGCCCAGAUCAAGAUGGACUGAGCAGAGCAGGCAGGGGUAGUGCAGAACCCAUGCCAACAUGUCUGGGUAUCUAUGGCAGGGGGCAGGGUGUGACCAGCCGAGCUGCAUCUGAGGAGAAGCUACAACCUGGAGCCAGGGUGACCACGCCAGCCGUUAACUGCCCGCUGCAGCCAUGAGCCUGGAGCCGCCCAAGCCGGAGUACAAGGAGUUCAAAUCAGCCACCAGGGUGACUGGCGGGCCAGCCACCCCCAGGAAAGGGCCCCCCAAAUUCAAGCAGAGGCAAACCAGGCAGUUCAAGAGCAAACCGCCCAAGAAGGGGGUCCAGGGGUUUGGCGACGACAUCCCUGGCAUGGAAGGACUGGGCACAGAUAUCACCGUGAUCUGCCCCUGGGAAGCCUUCAGUCACCUGGAGCUCCACGAGCUGGCUCAGUACGGCAUCAUCUAGGCAGCGCUCUGGGCGCAGGGCAUGCACCUCUUUCCCCACCCCUGCCAUAGAUCACGGCCUUGGCUAUGUAGGUAGAGGGAGCUGUGUCUGCACUGCAGCCGCGCCGCUGCCGGAGGAGCUAACCCUAGGCUUGUAGCGAACGAGCCCUGUCCCCCAGGCUUGUAGUGAUCAGAGCGGCCGGCAUUAAACUCAGGACGAUCAGUA